UCUAAGCAAUAUUUCUCAAACUGCUCUUCCAGGUGCUCUGGACUUCAGUUCCCAGAAACCCUGGCCAGCUUCCUUAGCUGUUAGGAACUGUGGGAGCUAAAGUCCAAAAACAUCUGGAGGAGCAUAGUUUGAGAAACUCUAUAAGUCUAAAGACCCCAGUUCCCAGCUGAUCUUGGGAGCUAAGCAGGGGCAGCUCUGGUUAGUACUUGGAUGAGACGCUGCCAACAAAUAUCAGAUGUUUUAGGCCAGUGGUUCUCAACCUGUGGGUCCCCAGUGGUUUGACCUACAACUCCCAGAAACCCCAGCCAGUUUACUAGCUAUUAGUAUUUCUGAGAGUUGAAGACCAAAGCAUCUGGGGACUCACAGGUUGAGAACCACUGUUUUAGGCUAUACUUCAAAGGAAUGAUCUGGCAAAACCAUCUUGGAGUAUUUCUUGCCUAAGAAGACCCUAUAAAAACACGGGGUCAUCAUAAAUCAAUAGGUGGCUUGUAAACACAUACACUACAGCAGUGGUUCUCAACCUGGGGCCCCCAGAUGUUUUUGGCCUACAACACUCAGAAAUCCCAGCCAGUUUACCAGCUGUUAGGAUUUCUGGAAGUUGAAGGCCAAAAAGAUCCGGGACCCCAGGUUGAGAACCACUGCACUACAGAAAAGCAAUGACAAACCCCUUUUGAACAAAUCUUGCCAAGAAAACCCUGUAAGGUGUACAUAAAUUGGAAAUGACUUGACGGCACAGAAGAGCUACAACCCAAUAGGAAAUAAGAGUAUUUUGCUGUCUGAGUGUCUGUGGUAUCUCAAAGAAGUGUUUGACUCAUAAUCAUGCCCAUAGGUUGAACAAGUUACUUCUGUGGAAUACAAUCCCCAGAAAAUUUCGGCAAUAUAGUCAACGGCCAUACUAUUUGAAGAAGUCUGAAAGGUAGUACUUCCCAAAAUUACUUUUUCUGACCUCUGAUGUCACAAUCUCAUAAUGUUAGAACACAUGUUGCAUCUCUCUUGUGCACGUCUCCAAAAAAAGGGGAAAAAAUGGGUGGGCAAAUUUGUUUAAUUUCCUUCCUUCACAUUCAGAUUUUAUAAAACAUGAAGUUAUUUCCAUCUUGAAAAUGUGAUAGAUGGUUGCUGAAGUCUUCAAAAAUGGAUUGAAAAAAAUUCAUAUUUUUUAUUUAAUUCAAUAGGUGCACUCUUCCAACAUGGAAGAGAAACUCAUGCUAAACCUGCCUGUAGUAUAUACCAUAUUUUAAAAAUUAGGUGCAUCUCAGAAAAAAAGACUUCUCCUGUACUAGCAUGGCUGAAUAUUUUGGGAUUGAAAAGUAGACUUUUAUAGUUAAGUGGCCUAAGCUAUGGGCCUGGGGAGACAAAUCUGUCAAUUCUAGUUUCAUAUUUAUUAGGAGUGGCUGUAAUCACUAAAAUCCAAUGUUUAGUUCUUGUUUCAGGAUUAUUAUUGUGUUUAUUAUUAUGUUUAUCUCCUGCUUUUUCUAUCCACAAGGAGAAUCAAAGCGGCUUACACUAAAAGCAUUUCAAUACAACCUAAAAUAUACAAAUAUUAAAACAGAAUUAAACAUCAUUAGUAUUAAAACAAUUCUGUUAAAAUUCAUAAAAACAUAUUCAAUAUAAAAACCACAGCAGCCCCUGACUUGAUUUUGCGACUUCCAUGGCAGCAGAAAUUUUAAGCAACUAUGCAUGGUCAUCUGCUUCCAACUCUGUACUUUUGCUGUAUCAUCCAAGUAUCAGAGCUCAAUCAAUGAAACAAUUAAAAGAAGUUAUCCAAUAUUUGGACUGUUCUCUCAAAGAUGUAUAUGUGUGUGUAUAAAGGGGCAAAUACAACUUGUUUAUGGACACAGUCUGAAAUACUGUGGCUGAGAACGCCUUUUUGGCUGGCUACUAACGAGUGUUUUGAUGCCCAUUCAGAACAUUUAGGAUGAUAUUAUGUAAGUAGUAAUCCCCAUGAAAAUCAGUUUUAGCUGGUGGCUAAGAGCACAAAGUCAAAGCUGAAAGGAGUUAAUGCGCUCACCAUUCUGCUGUCAUAAUGACCGAUUUCACAGGAAUUGUGGUUGCUGUAAAUCAUAGUCCAGGCAGAGCUUACAUCAGCUGGACCCAUUUAUUGUUCACUUGGCUUCUCCUGAGAGCUUGACCUCUCUUGCGAAAACCUGUUAUUUGCUCAUCUGCAAACCAGGAAUUAGCAGAGAAAGGUUUAAAGUAAAGAAUGUUCCCGAUACCUUGAACAGACAGGUUGCAAGAUGUGAGCUGAAUGCUAAUGGAUGGCUAGGGCUUCAGUCAUGAACACACUUAAUAAUGAGUAAACCCCACUGAAUCUAGAGGGUCUAGUUUCUCAGCAAAAAUGUGCUGCACUUUUAUGUAGAUUUAGCAUCUUCAUUUUGUUUUGUUAUAUGUGUGUAGGCUUUUAAUAUUAAAAAUGACUUUUGAAAGCACUAGGUCAAUUUAAAGUGUACUUCUGGCUCAUUCUUUAAUUCUGAGACACAUUUUCAAAAUGUUUUCUACUCUGGAGUGCUUGAAAAGUAUACUGCUGUAUUUUAUAUAUUCACGUAGUUUAGAUAUUCACAGUUCUUUAGCGCUGCCAUAGCUAGGAAACAACUUGAAGAUGUAUGACGACAACAGCAACACUGUGCUUGUUUCUAUUUGUUGAGCUGCUUUAUUAGCUGUGCAAUAAUAUGUGGUCUGUAUUCUGUUGUGGGCUUGUGUUUUUUUAAAAGUAUAAUAAUUCAUUAUUUAAGAACAUUAGGUAAGCAGGCAAAAGCUAGUUGCUGCCAUUUAGCAUCAAAAAUAGUUGAGAGGACAGAAUACUGAACAAUGAUGGCGACAGGAAGGCGGGAAGUGUUUAAAAGUAUACUGAAAGAAGUUUGUGAUGGAAUGCAUAACUUAAAGUUGGGGUACAAAUUCUAUAGACAAAUGUUUUCAAACUGUAGCACAUCUUCCUUAGUUUUUUGGCAGAGCUUCAAAAUUUACAUUUAGAAAGUAAUUCCAUUCAUUAUUUAUUAGUGUUUUAAAAAGUAACCUGUUACUGUUAUUCAUUAAGGCAUUAUAGGAAGGUUAACUCAGUACAUUGUUUGUUGUGUCAUUUGUCACUUUCCCAUUAGUUUCUGCCCCGCAUUUAAAGAGGAAAAACCCUUAUGAUGGAGAAGAGAAUGCCAUAAAACUUGGAAACAUCUUAUCAAAAUACACUUUGAAAUGCUCUUAAGACUAAUGAGAGAAAAUAUUGUACCUGCAAACUAAAUGCUCUUUUUACAUUGCUUUAAAAUCAUAGUUUCUUACAUACAUUGUUAGGUAAUAUGUUCUUUGUAACACAUUGCCUGGUGUCCAGGGGUAUAUCUACACUAACACUUCAAUCGGUAUAGAAGGUGAUCAGCUGUUUGGUGGCUAAAUGCUUCACAGGACUGAUCUGAAUUAACCAAGGGCAAAAAUCACUUAAUGCAGCUUUACCUUGGGUUAAACUACCCUAAAAUUGUGGACCUGUGACUUCAGGGGGAGUGUGAUCCCAUCAAGCACGGGCUGGAUCCCUAGUCCUUGAUCUGUCUUCAGACUGACCAAGAGCACCUCUAUCUUGGCUGGAUUAAGUUUCAGUUCAUUUGCCUUUGUCCAGUCCAUUAGUUUAUUUCAGAAAUUAAGGUGAGGUAGAGUAAUAUAUGUAAUGUACAGUAAAUAUGAGAAGGUAAGUGAUCUGCUGGGAGUUGUAGAGAUUAUGGUAUAAUUGGGAAAUGACUUAGUGUUUGAAUGGGAUGCUACAAAGAGCACUGUGUGACAGGAAAGGUAUGAGUGGAAGUUAGGAUCAAACAGGAUUUAGAUAUGUAAAUAAUUUUUGACUGUAUGUUGAAUUUCUGUUUAACCAAUUAAUUAUUGUAGUAUACAUUUGCGCUAUUGGUACAGAUGAUAGCAUAUACUGUAUAUUUGUCUUGAGUGACAGUUGUGGUUCAAGGUGGUGGUGUCACUGUCCAAUGGUGGGGUUAUAGAAAUAAUGUCUUAUACAAGAAGCAUGAGGAAUCUAGAACAGUGUUUCUCAACUUGGGGGUCGGGACCCCCGGGGAGCUGUCGCAAGAGGGUGUCAGAGAGGUUGCCAAAGACCAUCAGAAUAUGUUUUCUGAUGGUCUUAGGAACCCCUUUGGCAGAGAAGGCUGAAGAUCUCUCCUCCUAUCUUUCCCUUCCUUUUUGGAAACAGACGGCAAAUUCUCCCACCAAAAGCCCAAUUUGCCCCAUGUUAUCAUUGGUGGGGUUCAAGGAGCUCUUUGAUUGUAGGUAAACUAUAAAUCCUAGCAACUACAACUCCCAAAUUUCAAGAUCUAUUUUCCCCAAACUCCGUCAGUGUUCACAUUUAGGCAUAUUGAGUAUUUGUGCCAAGUUUGGUCCAGAUCCAUCAUUGUUUGAGUCCACAGUGUUCUCUGGGUGUAGGUGAACUACAACUACAACUCCAAGAUCAAUGCCCACCAAACCCUUCCAGUAUUUCCUGUUGUUCAUAUGAGUUCUGUGUGCCAAGUUCUAUGGUUGGUGGAGUUCAGAAUGCUCUUUGAUUGUAGGUUAACUGCAACUCCUAAAUAACAAAACCAAUCCCACCCAAUCAACCCCACCAGUUUUCAAAUUUGGGUGUAUCUGUUAUUUGUGCCAAAUUUGAUCCAGUGAAUGAAAAUACAUCCUGCAUAACAGAUAUUUACAUAACAAGUGAUAACGGUAGCAAAAUUACAAUUAUGAAGUAGCAACGAAAAUAAUUUUAUGGUUGGGGGUCACCACAACAUGAGGAACUGUAUUAAGGGGUCACAACAUUAGGAAGGUUGAGAGCCACUGAUCUAGAAGAUCUCCACAUUUGCAGUGAGACAAGUAGGAGUCCUCACAUUUGGUGGCAGUAGUGAGACAGAUGAGCAUUUUUCUCCUUUCUGGUUUAUCUGUGGUUUUGUUGCUCACUCCCCUCUUAUAGUGUCUGAAGGUCAUGGUUUCUUACUUGUCAUCUAUGCACACACACACACACACACACACACACACACUUUGUUAGAUACAGGAGGACUGUCUUCUAAAUAAAUAUACAUAGGAUCAGCUUAAUCUGUGGAAGUAGUGGGGGGGGGGGGGUGAAACAAACCUGGAGUCAUGCAUAUUAUCACCUAACCGGGGAAUCCUAUAGGACAGCAAAGUCAGGAGUCUAUAAUUGCUCAACUGCAGCACUGAAGUAUGGACAAAGUUCUUGUUUAACCAUUGUGAACUUUUAGCUUGACAUGCUCUUCCAAGCACACCCUUUUUUCAAGGAAUUACAGAACUUCUCUUUCUUGAAAUGGAACAAAACAGCAACACUGUUGAAGAUUUCUCUGUCAGUGUUUUUUCCAUCACUCCUUGCCAGCCUAACAGCUCUGAAACCUCAGUGUCGGAUGAGAGCAAAGCUGGCACCACUUUCCUUUUCUCUGGCUUCUUUUUGGGGGCCGUCGGAGUUACCUUCACAGUAAUGGGAUGGGUGAAACACGAGGGUGUCCUCCGCUUUGCUUGGACACAAUUGCUUGGGCCUGUUCUGCUUGUGGUAGGGAUCUCUUUUCUGCUGAUUGCUGUGGUCAGAUUCAAAGUGUUUGAGUGCAAAUCUUGGAAUCAAAGUGAAGAAAGAGGGUCUGAGACCAACCAGAUGGCAAGUGGACAGUCCUUUGUUUUUACUGGAAUUAGCCGGCCGAUAACUUUCCGUGGAGCUCGAGUGGUACGGUACAUUCCUUCCUAUGAAACUGAAGGAGGUGUCAGCAUGAAUUCUACUAAUUUCCGCCAACUACCCAGUCAUUCUGCACCAAUAAUUCCUGUUCCCUGCCCUCAUUAUUACAAUGUCUACCCCCCGGAUAACACUGUUUUUUCUGUAGAUGAGAACCGUUCUGCUUUUUUUACGGUGGACUCCAGAAGUGAAAGGUCAACGAGUAGUUGUGAAGAACCUCAACAGGCCCUUGAUGAUGAUCCUUGCAGCGACUACUUACCUCCACCUUAUGAUAAAGUGUUUCCACCAUCAUCAUAAACAGCCUAAAGGCAUCCCAGUGACUCCAUAAGGACUGAGCUUGCUGCUGUAACACAUCCACACAUAUGUACUGACAAGUCUGCACCUGAUGUACAAGACCAACAACAGUAUUAUUGUACCACUUGAAGCUGUAGCUUGACUAUCAUUUCCUACUCAGAUCAGGUAGCGUCCACCAGUGGCAUCCUUAAGUGUGUGCAGACCACAAAGUGACUGCCUAUAAAAUAUUUGUGCAGUGUUUCAGCAGAAAUUAUUAUUUUUAUAAAAACAUCCCUGUAGUUAGAUAUGUUCACAAGAAUAUUCCAUAAGUCUAAUUUUAUCUUACAUGUACUAAAAGGCUAAAACUUGGUGCUGAUUUACUUUCAGAACCUUUGAAUGUGCAUGACCUCCAGCCAGAGCAGUCAUUAUUAUCCCAUUACAAUGACAUUUCGAAUCACAUGGUUUUACCUGCAUGUGUUACAAGGAAAUGGUGGUGUUUCAGUUGUUGCUGGGUUUUUUAUAGUCACAGAUUUUGUCCAUUUUUUCUGGUAUUUUAGCAACAAUAUGGUGACAUGGUCUGAUGCAGGUGGAGGUCUAUAGAGAUGGCACCAUGGGUGACACCAGUCCUAGUGACACCAGUAUGUCUGUCCACCAGAAAACCAAGUCAAGUCCGAAGGAACUACAUUCCUCCAAAUUAUGCAUUUCUUCCAUGCUGCACCUGGAUUUGUCUUUUUGCCUUCAUUCCCACUUGUUCACUAUUUUUAUACUGGCUGCUGGCUGUCCUUUUUCCUCAGCUGGAAUAACUUGUUGGUGGCUCUUUUUAGAUAUACAGUUUCCUCAAGAUCACAUGUGGAGUAACAGUUUGCUGGGGAUUGGUUAGAAGUAAUGCGUGGAAAUUUUCCCCUUUUGGGGAGUAUAAACCGCAAAAACUCCCAGCUACCAUACUGGUUGGUGAAUUCAAAGAGUUGGGUGGGGGUCCCUGUUGAAAGCAAUGAGCUGUGGUCUGCAGGAAGGAUGACUGAAAACUGGGCAGAAGCAUCUUCCAUGAUCAGAGAUACUCAUCCAUCCACAGAAGGCAGGAGCCAAAUGCAAAGCAGACCUUGUAAUAUAACCAUGAUGACCUGCUGUCAAGAGAAAUGCCAUGUGGGAUUAACAAGAUGCCUGGGUCUGUGGAACAAAUACAUGAUUAUAUUAUGUAUAGAUAGGAAAAUGAAACAAUAGCUUUGUUUGAUGGGGAACAGUGUAAAGUUUCUUUUCAGGUUUGUCAUACAAAAGGUUGUAUUUAACUAAUGGGUGCUCCCCAACAAGAAAAAAAAGACACCACAAAGCAAAAUCAGAGUGCAAAUAAAAUACAGUCAUAUCAGUAUUGUAGUACAUUUAUUAGAACCAUUAAAGGUCACAACUCUUUUAUUCUCC